AUGCGCUUACCUCAGGGUUAUACUCCUCCUGCUGGUGUAGAACUUCCUCCAAAUCCUGUUUGCCGUCUCAAGAAGUCUCUAUAUGGCCUGAAACAAGCCUCUCGCCAGUGGUAUAAGCGUUUCUCUUCAGUCUUAUUGGGUGCUAACUACAUUCAAUCCCCUGCAGACAACACGCUAUUUGUAAAGCAUACAUCAUCCUCUUUUGUUGCCGUGUUGGUUUAUGUGGAUGAUAUUCUGAUCGCUAGCAAUGAUCAAGCUGCAGUGGCUUCCUUACAAGCUCUUCUUCGGUCUGAAUUCAAGAUAAAAGAUCUUGGUCCAGCUCGUUUCUUCCUUGGUCUUGAGAUAGCACGAUCUAGUGAGGGUAUCUCUGUUUGUCAACGGAAGUAUACGUUGAAUUUGUUGGAAGAUUCUGGUCUUCUAGGCUGUAAGCCAAGUUCUAUACCAAUGGACCCUACUCUGCAUCUUACAAAGGAUUUAGGCAAACCACUUGUUGAUGCUAAGGUCUAUCGAGAACUUAUUGGUCGUCUCUUGUAUAUCACCAUCACGAGACCUAAUAUAACAUUUGCGGUUCAUCAGCUGAGCCAGUUCUUAUCUGCUCCGACUGAUGUACAUUUACAAGCAGCUCAUAAAGUCCUGCGGUAUCUCAAAAACAACCCGGGACAAGGUUUGAUGUAUUCAACUUCUUCUGAGCUAUGUUUAAACACAUUUGCUGAUGCUGACUGUGCUACUUGCAAGGAGACUCGUCGCUCCAUAACUGGCUUUUGUGUUUAUCUUGGCUCUUCGUUGAUAUCUUGGAAGUCAAAGAAACAGGCUGUGGUAAAUCGAAGUAGUACAGAAGCUGAGUAUCGCAGUCUUGCUUUGGCAACAUGUGAGUUGAUUUGGCUUCAACAGUUGCUCCGUGAUCUUCAUGUCUCAGUCACGGGUCCAGCUAAGUUGUAUUGUGACAUCAAGUCAGCGCUUCAUAUUGCCAACAACCCGGUGUUUCACAAACGUACUAAGCAUAUUGAGAUCGAUUGUCAUACUGUUCGUGAUCAGCUCAAGGCCGGCAAGUUGAAGACCUUUCAUGUCUACUGGCAAUCAGCUUGCGGAUAUUCUCACCAAACCUCUGCAUCCGGGUCCUUUCAACUCUUUCCUCUCUCGUUUAUCCUUGUCAAGUCUUUAUCUUCCACAGGCUCCAAUGAUAAAGACUUGAGGGGGGCGUAUUAGUAUGAAUCCCGGUUUAGUAACUGGUUUGUAUUGGUUAAGGUUCCUUUAGCUUAACUGUAUAUAUAUAUACUGAACAUACAUGUACAUUUCUAAUUAUGAUGAAUAACAAACUUCUAUUUUCAUCUUCUUCCUCGAUUCAUCAUCUGAGCUCAAUCUUGUUUCUCUAUCUUCAUCUUCUCUGAUUCAGAUGUUAAUAGAGUUCACAGCUAAGUAACGCCGACAUAAAGAGGACGUCUCAAAUAAUGGCUCACAAUGUGUAUGAGAGGCACAAUAAGAAUGCAACCAAGAAUACUAAUAUAAAUGUAUCACAAUUGUGUUAUCAGAUCUUAAUGAAAUCAAACUAUAGAUGGAGACUUACAUGUUUUCAAGAAUGGGCGAAAACACUGAUUGAUCAAAAUCACCAUUCUAUCUAUAUUGCCAAAGCCAAAGCUGUUACCUCUUUGGAGAAAUAUUGUGUUAUAUUUCAAUUCAUCAUCCAUCUUCUAGUACGUAACCAGCCAUGCAAGAUAUCAAUCAAAAGUUCUAUUGAACGGCACUAUAAACUUUUUUGGGAAAAAUCAAAUAAAAGCUUAAGAAGAUUAUGUUGUCCAAAAAAAAGAAGGGAAGUUUACUCAAAUAUACAAUAUUUUAGGACAAUUGAUUAGAACCAUACAAAAUUUUUUUUUAUUACUGGUAUUUUUUAAAUACCAAGCGUGCCCUUUUUUUAUAUUAUGAGAAAAAAUGUAUUUACAAAAAUGCCAUUACUUUUUAAUGUCACGUAAUCAAAAACCCGGCGCCACGUAGGAUUCGGUUCUGUGUUUUCAUUAAGUCGGUCGUAAAGAGCUAUAUACGUCGUUACGGCUGAGUUAUUGCUACGUUGCGGCUGAAUUAAACAACGCGGCUGACUUAAGAACAUAAAUCAGCCGUUAGUUACGGCUGAUUUACAGAAAUCUGGCUGAUUUAUGGGAUAACGGCUGACUUACGUACACAAGUUACGGCUGACUUAUACAUCGGCGGUUUGAUUUCUGUAAAAUUUGGCUGAGUUGUAGUUAAGACACGGCUGAGUUAUGUUUCCACAGCUGAGUUAAUGAACAUCGACUGGCUGAGUUAUUGAAUUUACGGCCGACUUAUGAGAUGUUGUUACGGCUGAGUUAUAUGUAAUCAGCUGUCGUUGGAUGGAUUAAUAGUAAACUCAGCUUAUUUACGGCUGACUUAUUAGCGAAAGAUUAAUUACUAGAAUAUCAUUUGUUUGACGGCUGAUUUAUUUGACGAUAUGGCUGACUUAAGAUUUUUCAUCCUAAUUACAGCUGAUUUAUUAGCGAAAGAUUAAUUACUGAAAUAGUAUCCACGUUUCGGCUGAUUUGCAUUGUACAUGAGGGCUAAUUUAUUUAGGCUGAGUUAUAUAUUCGCUUGGCGGCUGACUAAUCGAUUUUCCAUGUCAUCCGCCACGUCAUCAAUUCGGAUUUGCCAUGUCAUCACUAAUGUUACAACAAUAAAAUAAGGGUCUAUGUUAUUCUUCAUUCUUCAUCUUCUUUAUCUAUCUUCUUCAACUUAUUCUUUAUCUUUCUCUGAGAUCUUAUGGUUCUGGUAAUUAUUGUUUCCGCAACUAGGUCUGAAAACAUAGAUUUUUUAAAAUUGAAAAUCUGAGACAGAUCUACUACAGUCGUCGUCGUUUUCGAUGAUGGUCGGUUAAAGAAGAAGCUUCCUCUCCUCCAGUUUCAUGUAUGGCGGUCCUAUAUCCUGUUGCUCCCUCUCUCAUUGGAUUCGUCGUCUUGCAGAAGAAAAAAGACUCAAAGAGAGAGAUGAAGAAGCUAAGUCCCGUAAAUUGUAAGAAAAGAAGAGAGUUGAACAAAAAAAAUAAGAAAAUGAGAGAAGAUGAAGAAGAUGAUGAAUUUGAAAGCUGAGUUUAUAUGUUUGAUGACUCAAAUGGUGCGUCAUCUGAAUAUGAUAACUUUAGUUAAUACAUUAAGUCUCCAACACAUACGUUAUGGCUGAAUUAUCCUUACGUUACGGCUGAGUUAUGCAUACAUUACGGCUGAGUUUAUAAUUUUUAUAACUUUAUAGUUUUAGGGUUUGAAAUUUAAAUUUAAGAAAAGAUUUAAGUUUUAAUAUUGUUUUCAAAUGAUUGAUUUUAUAAUUUUUAUAAUUUUAUAAUUCUAUAGUUUAGGGUUUGAGGUUCAAAUUUAAGAAAAUAUUAAAGUUUUAAUAUUGUGUUCAGAGUUGAAGGAAUGAGUUUGUUCCCGCCCAAAAUACGAAACGUCGCGAAACAAAUUACACUUGACAGCUGAGUUAUAGGACAGCUGGCUUAUACCAUCCAGAUACGUUAUAGCUGAGUUAUGCAUACGUUACGGCUAAGUUAUAAUCAAAUUACGGCUGAGUUAUGCAUACGUUACGACUGAGUUUAUAAUUUUUAUAACUUUAUAGUUCUAUAGUUUUGGGUUUGAGGUUCAAAUUUAAGAAAAGAUUAAAGUUUUAAUAUUGUGUUCAAAAGAUAAACUUUAUAAUUUUUAUAACUUUAUAGUUCUAUAGUUUAGGGUUUGAGAUUUAAAUUUAAGAAAAUAUUAAAGUUUUAAUAUUGUGUUCAGAGUUGAAGGAAUAUUUUUUCCCGCCCAAAAUAUUUUUUUCCCGCCUAAAAUACGAAACGUCGCGAAAUACAUUACACUUAAUGGCUGAGUUAUAGGAACGUUACGACUGGCUUAUAUCAUUCAGAUACGUUACGGCUGAAUUAGGCACACUUACAGCUGAGUUAUGCAUACCUUACGGCUGAGUUUAAUUAUAAACGAACCCUAAUCUAUAACCCAGAAACGAUAAAGCUUGCAGCCGUGUCGACAAAAUCUAGGCCUAACUAAACCACCGCGUGUUUCUUCCAUAUCACGAGAGCCGGGAGGUCAUUAUUGUCUUCUUCCUUCGCCACCGCAGUCUCGUUACCACGAGAGCUCCGACGUCUUCAAGCCACACGGUUUUGUUAUCUCCUCCACCAUCAAGCUCAUCUGUCUUAUCCACCUUCUUCUAGUAACAAGAAAAAAAUUCAAAACGCAGAGAAAGAGUGAAAGAGAUUGAAAGAGAGAGAGGUGACCAGUGUGGUGACAAGCGGUGGUAGUGGCGACUACGGUGAAGAUGGAGACCGGCAAAAAUGGAUCUGAGAAACAGAAACAAGGACGACGUUGGCAAGUAUAGAUGGCGACGAGCUCAAUAUCUGUGACGACGGCGAAGACCAGUUUUCUUCAACUCUUUUUCUUUUUCUCCGACAACUUCUUUUCUUCUUUGACGUUUUUUCUUCUCUCACUUCUAAGAUUUACAAACCAAAUAUACUAAGGCAUAAGAAAUGAAUGAUAAUGUAUGAAUCUCUCUUGUUUACAAGACAGAAAGUGAGAGAGAUGAAGAAGAUCUGGAACUGUAAAGAACUCUCGAAGGAAAGAGAAGAGGAGAAGGAGACGUCAAAUAGAAGAGAGAAAGUGAAGAAAAAAAUGCAUUUUAAACCAUUAGAUCAAAGCUAAUCAAUGGUCAAGAAUUGUAAUCCUUGUACUAAAAAAUUUAACCAAUGAGAAAGAAGUUAGAAGAUAACCACUAGAUGGAUUUGUAGCCCUUAGAUUAAAACAAUCAAUGGUUAAUGUUUUAAUUUUGAUGGUUAAAAUUAUAUUUUAUAUUAAAGUGUAUUUUUGAUAAAGUUUUAAAUUUUAAAACUUGGAUUAUGUUGAUUUUUUUAUGUAUAGUUUAAAUAUGAAGUUUAAAGUUUAGGGUAUAUAACUGAGUGAGUUUAGGGUUUGGUAUAUAGUGUUUUGGGUUUCGAUUUAAGAUUUAAGAUUAUAUUUUUAAAUAACAAAAAUAUUAGAGUUUUAACAUUUGUAGUUAGAAUUUAUGGUAGAUGAUUAAUUAAUUUUUUUUAAAAAGUUUGAAGUUUAAUGUUUUAUAGUAUAGGUCAAAGCAUGUGUGGUUCAAGGUUUAGGGUUGAAGGUUCGAAAUAGAUAAGGUUUGAGAUAAUGUUUUGAAAAUAUUUAACUUUAUAAUUUUAUAUUUAAUAUUUGUAGUUUAAAUUUUAAUACAUUAUAAAAUAUUAUAAUUUUAUAUUGAAAAUAUUGAACCUUUAGACUAAAAUCAAUCAAUGGUCAUGAAAAAGCAAUAUAAUUUGUAAUUUUAGUUCUUUUCAAUUUGUUUUAAAAAUUACUUGAAACUUAAAAAAUGUAGUUACGGGUUUAAAUCAAAAUUUUUAAAUUAAAUAUUUUUUUAAGUGAUUAAAAUUUGAGUUUAACUCAAAACUACAAACGUAAACUUUAAACCUAAACCUUAAACUUUAAAUAAUAAUAAAAAUAUUGGAUUUAAUGUUCAAAGAUAAACUUUAAAUUUUUAUAACUUUAUAAUUCUAUAAUUUAUGAUUUGAGGUUUAUAUUUAAGAAAAGAUUAAAGUUAGAGUCUUGUAAGUCAGAAUUGUAUAAGUGAUUGUAAGAGAACAUAUAUCUCAAAAGUUAAAGUCUCAACUUGAAGUUUAAGAAACUAUACACAUUCAGUUUAUUUAUAUUCACUUGAUAUUGAUAAGAUGAUCUUCAAUAUAACUUCUUAAAGUACUUGAAUUCUGUUUUCUGAUUUUAGGGUAUGUUUGAGGUAUUGGUGAUUUAUAUAAACGAUACGGCUGAGUUAUCUAAACAUUUUUUGAUUUUAGGGUAUGUUUGAAGUAUGGCUGAGUUAUGUAAACGACACGGCUGAGAUAUAUAAACGACACGGCUGAGUAGUGUAAACAUAGCAUAAAUCAAACACACAAUACAUGGGUGAGUUAUGUUUUUUACAUAGAAAACCAAAAAUACAGGUUUUCUGCACCAUUCCGGUAUUCAUCCAUGUAUCCAAGCUUCAGUGAACUCCUCUGUGUCGUCUCCGCUGAAUAGGUCACUUCUUUACAUCUCCUUCAUUUUUUUGGUUCAAUUUUCUCUCACUCAGAUCUGAAAAAAAAUUAGAUUAUCCAAAUAUGGGUAUGAAAUCACAUACAAACUUAAUUAAAUACAUCCCACAAUUGUCGAUCUGGGUGUUUUUUGGAAUGUAUUUGUCUUUUCUCUUCGGAAUGCACACUUCUUAUAGCUAGGUUUUCGGAGAUUGGCGGAAAGUAACUCAGCCACAACUGCAUAUAUAAACAAAACUGCAUAUAUAAACCAGCCGUAAAAGAAAAGUAACUCAUCCACAACAUAAAUUAAAACUCAGCCACAAACUCGAAAAACGCAGCAGAGAAGAUGAUUUCAGGAGAUUACAGCGAAAAAUAUUUCGUAAAAACGAUCGGAGACGACGAUUUCGGGGAAGACGAUAUCGGAGAAGACAAGACAGAGAGUUAGUUCGAAGAAGACGGAGUAUACACAAUGUCGAUGACGAUUUCAGGGAAGAGACGGUUAGGGUUCCUUUAGUUCUUCGAUGAAGUUGUGCUGUGUUGUUGUAUUUUUUUCAACGUUAUGUAAUUAAAGAGAUGGUUGAUUGUUUUCUAUUAAUGAUGUGGAUACUUAAUUAGUGAUGUGGAUUUAAUGUUUAAAAAUAAUUUCAAUUAAAAAAAAACUAACCAAAAGCCCUUAUUGUCAGUUACUAGGAGUAUCCAAAUACUUUAGUAAUUUUUAAAAGAUGUAUAACACUCUAGUAAUAAACCAACUUUUCUUAUAGUUUUAUCAAAAAAAGAAAGCUUAAGAAGAUUAAAAAAGGCUUUUGAGAGAAAGGUGAUUGAUUGAUUAACACAUUGGAACUGCGAGAUGUUUUGUUCCAUUAUAUAAAUUUAUUUUACAUUUGAAACAAAAGGACAUGAAACACUAGCAAUUGCGCACCUUCAUUACACAAAUAAAUUUUCAAUCAUACAGCCAUAUUAAUAAAUAGAGAUUUUGUACGAGAAUCAUUCACAUUAACAACAUUUUAAAAGCCGAUUGUGACUUAGUUAAAACAACAAUGCAAAAACAAAAGAGUGCGAGGCACCUUCAUGAAAAUGAAACACUACAGAAAGAGACAUGAAACACUAGACAAUCAACUAAAACAAACGGAGCUAAAGUUUACAACAAUUCCACAGAGCGGCUCUUUCUAUUAGACACUAAGUGUCCCACAUCGGUAGUUGGAAGAGAUCCUAAGCAAUAUAUAAGAUAGAUGGUCUACUCCACUUAUCACCGAUUGGUUUUAGGUUGGAAGCUCAUCUAGCUUAACAACAACGACCACCAACACCACCUGCGGUUUCAGCUGUUGCACGACCUGGUCAGAGCUCUGUGUUUUUCCUCUGUUUUUUUGGCAAUUGAUUUCUCGAAAAUAUCAAUCAAACUAUUGAAAGUUUUGUCCUUUCACAUUGGGUUUAGAUUGAUUAUAUGAAUUCUCUGUUAUUGAGCAAACUAUGUUUGGAAAGGUGGGAAAUCAAACUUGUUAGUGGUACCCAUUGUUGUGUCAACCAUAGUGGUUGUUCUGCUUUUGAUAGCUGGUUAUUGUUUCUUUACAAAGAGGAAGAAGGAGGCUUAUGAUACAGCAACUGCAUCUGAUUGUAAGGAUUCAUCUAAUUAAUCAACAAUCUUUAUCUACUCUUGUUAGCGUGUCAAUGAUCAACAUUUUUUUUGUCUCCUUACUAAUACUUUUAUUGUGCAAAAGGAGAUGAAAUAUCAAGCGCAGACUCGCUGCAACUGGACUAUAAAAUGAUUCAAGCUGCAACAACUGGUUUUUUAGAGACUAAAUAUUGGUCGAGGUGGUUUUGGCGAGGUUUGCAAGGUUAGUAAUACUACAAUUAGUUCCCUAACUGCACCUUAUUUUGUGUAUUAUUUUCAUUAAACUUGGGCCUAACGUAGUACAUGUUAGGGUACAUUUCCGAAUGGGACAGAAGUAGCGGUAAAUAGAUUGUCGAAAACUUCAGGACUGAUGUUAGGAGUUUUCAGGCUUCUAAGACAAAUGUUGUAGUAUAGUGAUUGUCAAACCAGUUCUAAGGGAAUUCGAAGCAAUGAGAAUGCAAGUACUCACUUAAUCUAAGUGCAACCAAUGAUUUAGAUGGGUUUUAAACUACUACACUACAACAAAUAUGGCUUUUAAUAGCAUACGGAUAACGCUAUUAUAUGGUAUCCAUAGCGGUUUUACAAAUGCUAUGAAAACGACCGCUAUAAUAGAGUCCCUAUAUACGAUAGCGUUUUCGGAUGACGCUAUCGUAGAGUAGCCUUUAAUAGCGUUAUGUUUUCGCUGUGUUACGGUUAUUUAUUACACACAAUUUAUGCUAUAGGAAAUUGUAUAACAGCUAUAUUUAUCUGCUGUAUUAAACCUAUUAAUAGCUAUUAUUUUGUGCUGUUCUAAAUUAUGUAAUAACUUUUUUAUGUUGCUAUAUAUUUUUGUAAAAUAGCUAUAUUCUGUAGCCAUCAAUUACGUUGUAGUAGCUUUACAUUGGUGCUACUUUAUGAUGUGUUGCAGCAGUGGUAUUGAGUUAUGUUCAUAUGAUUUAUAGCAUUUUUUUCGUGA